AGACGUGGAACCAGGACUUGAACCCAGGCUCAGCCGGAGUCCUCAUGCCCCUAAGCUCCUGGCCUCUCCUGCGCCCUUAGAAGAGCUGGAGGCGACGCUCUUCGGAGUCGGGAAGGCAGGGGCUGGUGUGUCGUGAGCAUCCGUGCACCAGGAGAUGAGGACGUUGAGGCCCAGAAAGGGGAAGUGACUUGCCUAGGGACACACAGUGGAGAGAGGUGGAGCAGGUCUAGUUCAAGACCCCUCCUCCAUACCUGGUGUUCGUGCCAAGACCCCAGGCUGCUUCCCGGAUCCUCUGGGACAGCCCCUGCCUUCCACCAGCCAGGACCAUGGGCAGUAACAAGAGCAAGCCCAAGGAUGCCAGCCAGCGGCGCCGUAGUCUGGAGCCUGCCGAGAAUGCCCACGGCGUCGGUGGGGCCACCUUCCCCACCUCACAGACCCCCAGCAAGCCAGCCUCCGCAGACGGCCACCGUGGCCCCAACGCAGCCUUCGCCCCCGGGGCCACUGAGCCCAAGCUGUUCGGAGGCUUCAACUCCUCGGACACUGUCACCUCCCCACAGAGGGCGGGGCCACUGGCUGGUGGAGUGACCACCUUUGUGGCCCUCUAUGACUAUGAGUCACGGACGGAGACUGACCUGUCCUUCAAGAAAGGGGAGCGACUCCAGAUUGUCAACAACACGAGGAAGGUGGAUGUCAGCCAGACCUGGUUCACAUUCAGAUGGCUGCAAAGAGAGGGAGACUGGUGGCUGGCCCAUUCACUCAGCACGGGACAGACGGGCUACAUCCCCAGCAACUAUGUGGCACCCUCCGACUCCAUCCAGGCCGAGGAGUGGUACUUUGGCAAGAUCACCAGACGGGAGUCAGAGCGGUUACUGCUCAACACGGAGAACCCGAGAGGGACCUUCCUAGUGCGAGAAAGUGAGACCACAAAAGGUGCCUACUGCCUCUCUGUGUCCGACUUUGACAAUGCCAAGGGCCUCAACGUGAAGCACUACAAGAUCCGCAAGCUGGACAGUGGAGGCUUCUACAUCACCUCCCGCACCCAGUUCAACAGCCUGCAGCAGCUCGUGGCCUACUACUCCAAACAUGCCGAUGGCCUGUGCCACCGCCUCACCACCGUGUGCCCAACGUCCAAGCCGCAGACUCAGGGCCUGGCCAAGGAUGCCUGGGAGAUCCCUCGGGAGUCACUGCGGCUGGAGGUCAAACUGGGCCAGGGCUGCUUUGGAGAGGUGUGGAUGGGGACCUGGAACGGCACCACCAGGGUGGCCAUCAAAACCCUGAAGCCUGGCACGAUGUCUCCAGAGGCCUUCCUGCAGGAGGCUCAGGUCAUGAAGAAACUGAGGCACGAGAAGCUGGUGCAGCUGUAUGCAGUGGUGUCAGAGGAGCCCAUCUACAUCGUCACGGAAUACAUGAGCAAGGGGAGUUUGCUGGACUUUCUCAAAGGGGAGACGGGCAAGUACCUGCGGCUGCCUCAGCUGGUGGACAUGGCUGCUCAGAUUGCCUCAGGCAUGGCAUAUGUGGAGCGGAUGAACUACGUACACCGGGACCUCCGUGCUGCCAACAUCCUGGUUGGAGAGAACCUGGUGUGCAAAGUGGCUGACUUCGGGCUGGCUCGGCUCAUUGAGGACAACGAGUACACAGCCCGGCAAGGUGCCAAAUUCCCCAUAAAGUGGACGGCUCCAGAAGCUGCCCUCUAUGGCCGGUUCACCAUCAAGUCGGAUGUAUGGUCCUUUGGGAUUUUGCUGACAGAGCUCACGACAAAGGGACGGGUGCCCUACCCUGGGAUGGUGAACCGCGAGGUGCUGGAUCAGGUGGAGCGGGGCUACCGGAUGCCCUGCCCACCUGAGUGUCCCGAGUCCCUGCAUGACCUCAUGUGCCAGUGCUGGCGGAAGGAGCCCGAGGAGCGGCCCACCUUUGAGUACCUGCAGGCCUUCCUGGAAGACUAUUUCACGUCCACUGAGCCCCAGUACCAGCCUGGAGAGAACCUAUAGGAGCAGGCAGGGCCAGACUGGCUUCUUGGCUUGGAUCCUGGGCUGGGUGGCCCCUUAUAUGGGGCCUUGCCUCCCUCUGCCUCUCUCUGUGGGGCUCGAUUGCCAGGAAUGAGGCCCCUCCCUCUUUGGUAGCAAGGAAGGGCUUUGGGACCUUGGGCAGCCCGUGAGGGCAGGGUCCACGGCACAGUGACUCUCCCAGCCCCUGCUCUGCCACAUGCCUCCUCCCUGAGCUCCCUCCUCGAGCUCUGAGGUUUUCUGGAGGAGGAACUGGGGAGAAGAGCUGGGGCACAGGCACCGUUUUUCCAGCCUCACCUACUCCACGAAUCGGGCCCCUUCCCUGCUUCCCAUGCCACCCAGGUCUGUCUCAAGAGCUGGCCAAAGAGCCUUUCCAAAGAGGAGUGACGGGCCUUGUGCCCUCAGCCUGCCUGCCCCCUGCCCCUGCCAUCCAUUUCUGAAAUGUCUGUAGGUGGAGGCCGCUGGUCCAGACCCCUCUGCCGUUGCUCCCAGGCUGGGCAGCUUAGCUUGACCUGAUGGUGGGUACCCCCUCAAACCCUCCCCUUCUUUGACCUGAGGGACCCUUAGAGAUAAUCAAUUCCUUGCCCCCACUUUACCCAUGGGGAAACUGAGUCCAGAGAGGGAUGUGACUUGCCCAAGGUCACAGAGCAGUUCAGGUUGAGGUGGGGUUAGAACCUGGUGCUCCCUCUGUCUUCCUCAGGAACCAAUGAGAAUUGUCCUCAGAAGGCAUCGUGGACAGACUGGGGCAGGGCCAGGGGACAAGGGGCCUGAAGAUGGGUUAGAAAUAGCAGAGUCCUACUGCCACUGCUCACUGGGCUGGGCUGUCGUGGGGGAAGAGAAUGGAGGCAGAUGUGGAGCUGAGCCAGGUGGAAGGCACAGGUGCCGGGAGACCAGCUUCAAUCAGGAUGUGGGUGGUUUUUGACCUUUGGAGCCAGCAGCCAUGAAAGGGAGUGAGCUCCCAGGCUCUGGAGGCAAUCAAGCAGAAAUGGAAGAGCCAAGAGGCAGGGAGGCCCUGGCCCUGGCCUCAAAAGAGAACCCCAGGUCCUUCUUCCCCCAGGUGGUCCUGUGGCAUUUCAACACCUGGUCACUGCUCUCCUGUGCAAGUUGGAACCCCUUAACGCAUGAGUAGUAGGGAGUGCCCGAACUGGGGUGAGAGAGGAUGGGGUUGCCCACUGCCAUGCACCAGGACUGGCUAUGUGACCUUGGGCGGCCCCUGCUUCCUCUCUGGGCUGCAGUGUCUGCCCCACAUGUGGCAACGGCCUCUGCAACUGCUCAGCUCCUGUCUAGACCUUGUGGCUGGGCAUCCAUGGUGAGCCCAGCCCCAGGACACCAGGAAACUGCGUUUUGGCCCGGGCUCUGCUGUUCAUCCUUAGAGUGUAUGGUGGCUUCUCCCUGGGCCUCAGUGUGCCCAUGUGUAAAAGGGGUGGCUGACAGUUUGUAGCAUCUUGCCAAGGGCCCGUGUGUGUGUCUAUGUGUGCACGUGUGUGUGUCUUCAUGUGCGUCCAUAUUUAACAUGUAAAAACACCCCUGCUCUGUCCCCCAGACACGUUGUACAUUUCACCUAUGGCCCCCCAUCAUAGCAAUAACAUUCCCGCUGCCGCUGCUGGGGAUUCUCGAGCCAGCCAGGCCCUGCCAGCGGGGAAGGAGGCCAAGCAGUGCCUGCCUAUUAAAUUUCAACUUUCCCUUUCAUACAGGUUUAUUACCCAAGUCUUCACCCAUCCAUCCCAGUUAAAUCUGGGCUUGCUAACCCCAGCGCGCUCUCAAAUCCCCCUUUAACUGCCCAAGGCCCUUUGUAUAAGGUGACCUAAUACUGUCUUUUUUUAAAAAAACAAACAAACAAACAGUGUUUUGUAGGUUUCAGAUGACUAUGCAGAAGCCUGGGGGACCCCCAGCUCUGGGCAGGGCUUGGGGGUCCGGCAUUCCAUGGCCCAGGCUUGAGGGGUGGGAGGGGGGAUCCAGAAUUGGUUGUAAAUACUUUGCAUAUUGUCUGAUUAAACACAAACAGACCUCA